AUGUCUGGCGCCACUGGGAGUAGCAAGAGGGCAAGAGACGAAGAUCUCGAGGAGGGUCGCCCCGCGGUGGAGAAGGUGGCUGUAUGUGUGAUCGAUGUCGUCAGCGGAAGCGAGCGGAGACUGGAGUACAUCACGAACAAGCUUGAUCACCUCGCAGAGGUCGUUGGUCGACUGAGCCAUGAGCACUCCAGCCAUCCAACCCUUGUAGGAUUGCGUUUGCCAUUGCAGCCCUCACUACACCAACCCAGUCAGUCAUAUUUCUCUGCUCCUACACUCGCGGAAGGAAUCGAAUCCACCCUUUUCGCCCAUGUGAUCUUCACUGCCAAAUGCCCCCAAGCGGCAGUGAUGGACCCCCACCUCCCUCCUAGCAAUGUCCCCGAAUUGACUGCCGCGCUGAAUAGCCUAUGGAGCACGAUAGCUGCACAGAAGCAACAGAAUCAAACCCUGGAAUCCUCGCAGCCAUUUGCUAAGGUGCUUCCCCAAAGCUUGACCUCAGACUUCAAAGACCUGCCGAUCCCCUCCCUAGACCGGAUCAUGGCAUGCUUGAGACUCGCUUACGAGUGUUCGCCCAGCCAGCUCUAUUGGCCCUUCGAGUUCGGAUCCCUGGGCGACUUCACCCACUACGUGACCCGAGUGUGCUCGCCGGGCCCGAUCACGGAGAUGGAGCUGAUCAUUGUGCACUACGUGCUUGCCUGGCUGUUCACCGAAUGCGCGAACCUCACGGGAGGCGACCCCCUGCUCAAGCAGGAUUACGAGGUCCAGGCCCUCAUCUGCCGACAGAGUCUGGAAACACUCCUUGGUAGUCUGUCCUUUCAUGUAGCCACGAGCUUGGACGCUGUGUGUGCUAUGUACAUGGCUACAAUUCACUGUCUCCAGCACGGCAAACCCGUCACCGCGUGGUCAUUCAUCACCCGGGCUUCACUCAUCAGCCAGGCCCGUCGGAUGGAGCGGAUGACCCGGUACACGCGGUGUCGGAAGUAUGGCCGGGUUUUUCGGGCCUUGUAUGAUGUUGCUGCUGUGUUUGUUAAGACGCGAGAUCAAGGGAGGAUGGAGGUGUAUGGUGGGGAGAUGGGGGUUGGGGUUGCUGAGGGAGGGGAGUUGGAGGGGCUGGGGGAUCUGGAUGCAUUCUUGAAUUGGAGUGGGGGUGGAUGGAAGUGA